CACCCACGUACUAAAGUGACCCCAUCACGCCUUGGAAUAGAGCACCAAUUUGGAUUAAAUCUUAACGAAAUAGUUGAUAAUGGAAGCUGUCAAAUACUUGGCACAUUUACAUGCUUUUUUGUUUUUACCUAAAAUUAAAGAAAAAUGGCAGAAAGAAUUUGUAACAAUAGAAGAAAUGUGGGGACAGAGUGUGGCUGAAGAAUUUGGUUCAGCAAUGAUUGAACAAAUUAUGGAACUUGAUGAAGAUAUUGUGGAACCAUUUAAAAUAAUUGGCAAUUUAGUUAUGAAACCAGAUUUUGUUAAAUGGAUGAAGGAAAAAUGUGAAAAUAAUUAUGGUGUUCCUGAAAUCCUUACACAUGGGGAUUUAUGGAAUAAUAAUUUAUUAUGGUAUAACAAUAAUCCAAACAGACUUGCAGCUUUUAUAGACUGGCAAUUGGCAACUAUAGGCAAUCCAAUGACUGAUAUAUCUCGGUUAAUGUUGGCAACUGUAGAACCCGAUCUACGUAAAAAUAUUGAAAAGCAAGGGACAGUUUUAGAACUAUAUUUGAAUGAAUUAAAUAAAAAAUUAGUUGAACAAGGAAUGGAAAAAGUAAAGUAUGGAAUUGAGGAACUUCAACAUGUUUACAAUUUGGCAAUUAUUUCACAAGCUAUUGGCAGGGUUAUGGAAAUUCCGUUUUUUGAAAGAGGAACACCAGAAAAUGAUCCAGAAUUCAAAGAAAAAAUGGAAUGUAUUAAAAUUAGAGCAAAAAGUAGCAUUAAUGAUGCUUUAAAAAUUUUGGAAAUGGAAGCACCUGAAUGGCUAAAUAAAGAUGAGGAGAAAAAUGGGAAAAAUAUUUGA